AAUCGGUCGAUGAUAACGUACUGUACACACAAGAAUUCUGUAGUUCAGAGUAUUCUCUGAAUUGCGCGCUGAAAGCAACCGCAAGUGACGUAAACAGAGACGUAAGGCAAGCAAAGUUGAUUACGUUGACUAUUUUAUUUAUUAUGCUUUCAAGUUUAUUUUAAUUUGGGAUUAAAAACAAACAAACAAAAUGAAGACCAUGCAACAGUAUUGGGUUACGAAGAAAUCUGUUUCGCGAAAAUUCGGUGGCAAAGAAGACGAAUGUAUAAUCUCAUCGGACGCAGAGCUGGACGCUAAAUUGGAACUCUUUCGUUCCAUCUCCGAGAGCUGCAUACACCUGCAGAAGGUUAUAGACAUCUACCAGGAACGUCUGUGUUGCCUGGCCCAGGAGGAAAACGCGCUCGGCAGAUACCUGAAAGAAUGCGGAAAGAACGAGAAGAAUUCCACAGCUGCUCAAAUCAUGUCAGUUAGUGGGAAAGCCCUUGCCUACUCAGGUCAUCAACGUCUGACAAUCAGACCACCCCUUGUCCGAUUGCACCAUGAAGUGGAGACUUUCAGAGGAAGGGCUGUCUCAGAUACACGUGUCACUGUUCUUGAGAUGGAGAAGGCCAGAACAGAGUAUAGGGCAGCCCUGAGUUGGAUGAAAUCUGCCUCCUCCCAAUUGGAUCCAGAUACUGGGUAUGGUCUAGAAAAAUUUAGAAAAGCUCAAGCUUAUGUGAGAUCCACGAAAGUAAGAUUCGACAGACUGAUGUUGGCUUGCUUGCAAAAGGUUGAUUUACUAGCAGCAGCUAGAUGCAACAUGUUUUCACAUGCACUGAUUGGCUACCAAGACACAAUUUCCAUAUAUUCAGAGAAACUGUUCCAAAGCUUUGAUCUUGCUAUAACCAAAUUAUCCCAGCAAAGUGCCAGCCUAGCUGAAGCCACCACAAUUGGAGAAGAUGAUAAAGACAAGAACACUUUCUUCAAUGCUGAAUACACAGAUGAUAAGCCAACUGGGGAAGUAGAGAAAUCACCAAAGCAGGAAGAUGAUGAUGAAAAUGUGAGCGACUUGUUGGGUGAAAGCUUUUUUAAUAUAAAUACAGAACAGACUACUGAGGAGAGUACAAAUGAAUCUGAACUGUCUGGCUUGAACUGGCCAAUGAGUACAACGACCAGUGAUUUUAUACAACAAAAUUUUAUGCCUUCUCAGUUACUUCAAGCAGAUUUUGAUCCUGCUAUGAUUAAAGAGAAUGAUAAGGAGGACUCUGAAAUGCCAAAGAAAGAUGAUAAGAAACUAUCACAGAUGAAUUGGUUGAGUUUGUUUGCUGAACUGGAUCCACUUGCUCAAGAUGAAAGUGCAACAAGUGGAGAUCGAGCUUAAAUUAAAUUACAUUUUGUAAGGGGGCUUGCAAAUGAAAAGUAUUAUUAUUAAUCUCUUGGUUUUAUGUA